AAAUGUGUUUUUUUUUGUUUUUGCCAACGCGGAAGCGGCUGCGCGGUGCUCGCCUCGCUCAACAUUUUACUGCGGCGUCGUUAUUGUGUCGCUCGCAGUGUUCUCUUUUCUCUCUCGCGCCCUCUCUCUCUCGUUUGCUUUCGUCGUUAACCGUUCGCUCUCGUUGUUGUAAUAGAAGCCGCAUGGUUUAUCCGCCCUUGGAGGGGAGACGCGGAGCGCUGCUCGUAAUCGCAGUGGCGUGCGUGGCCUGGUGGAUUCGAGUCGACUCGAGUUACCCCGAGAGCGAGAGGAGGAUGGAACAGGAGCUGGAGAGCCACCGGGAGAACUUCCGCAAGCAGAAUCGGUCGUGCUUCGUGCUGGGCGCCUCCGGGGAGACGGGCAGCGUCCUCCUGCGCGAGAUCGUGAGCAGCCGGCUCUUCUCGCGCGUCACCACCAUCGGGCGUCGUCAGCUGGAGUUCCCCGACGACUCCUACAAGGACGUGGUGCAGGAGGUGGUGGACUUUGAGAAGCUGGACGACUACGCUAACGCCUUCAAAGGUCACGACGUCGGCUUUUGCUGCCUCGGGACAACGCGGGCCAAGGCCGGAGCUGCUGGCUUUGUGCGCGUGGACCACGACUAUGUGCUCAAGUCGGCUGAGCUGGCCAAGGCGGGCGGCUGUACGCACUUCAACCUGCAGUCCUCCAAGGGUGCAGACAAGAACAGCGGCUUCCUCUACACCAAGGUCAAGGGCGAGAUCGAAGCGGACGUGCACAAAUUGGACUUUGAGAGAUACACCGUCUAUAGACCCGCGGUUCUGCUAUGUGACCGCAAAGAGUCGCGCCCCACUGAGUGGAUGACUCGCAAGGUGCUGUCUCCCGUGGCCGCCCUCUUCCCCACGUUCAUAACCACCCCAGUGGAAACCGUGGUGCGCGCCAUGAUCAACGUGGCCGUCACACCGGCGUCCAAGAGCGUGCAGCUGCUGGAGAACGCCGAGAUCCACCGCUUGGCCGCCGGCAAGGGCGCGCACUGAGCCCGGCUUGCGACGGCGUGCCCGGUGGCCACGGUAAAUGCGGUAAUUGACGUACACCGGAGGACUCCCCUUAUCCGUUUCCCUGUUACCCACGAGUCCUAUUAUCCGAGGGUGUUGUGGGGUAAACUCCUAUUAUUAGCCGCUUCGUUCUUCCAAUUUUUGGCAAUUAUCCGAAAUUUAUUCUCAUAUAAUUCAUAAUGGAACAGCUUCCAAUCAAGCGCUCAUUUAAUGUAAGUAUGUAUGUUGAACUUCUGUUGCACCGUUUGUAGCCAACCGUGCUAAUCGGAGGCGUGAGGGAAGGACAACAAACGAAACACAAAAAGCAGUUCUAAAGUAAUGAGUUUUCGAUCGACACUUAAAAGUGCAUAGCUCCUGGUGGCUUCCUCAUGUUGAAGUACAGAUAAGUAGAGCUGCAUGGAAAAAUGUCAUCAAAUUACCCACAGCUUAUCCGAAGUUUUCCCAUAGAUAAGUUUAGCAACAUCUCAGAUAAUAGGAUCUGCAAUAUUUGUCUCCCCACAUCACGGAAUAGAGGAGUGCUCCUGUAAUUGAUAAUGAACCUCACCUGGCUAUUGAGUUGUCAGCGGCCUGCAGUGUCAAGGCCACUCGCCGCCGCCUUACAGCUCGGCCGUGUGUCUGUAAUUGUGCCUUGGUGGGUCUAGCGUAGGAACAUGUGGUGGCAUUGAUCGCAGCAUUUGUUGAUCGUGAAUUGUUGUUGGCUGGAAUAAUAGACAUCAUCCCAAGCUUCCCCACAGGCUCGGGGAGUAUUGGUCGACUGUGAUAGGAAACUUAUUUGUUGUUUUUCCAGCCUGCACUUACUAAUUUGCCUGUCUAAUGAGUGCCUCAUCAUUGACAGAAAUAGUUGGAAGUGGUUUACAUUUGAGAAUGUGAAUUAAAUGCACUACAUAUCUUGCUUGGGAUGUUAUGCUUUUAUGUACAGCAUCCUUAACACGGUGCGUAUUCGAUAGACGUGCGCAAUGGUGUAUGACCCUUGGUGAUUGAUGGUCGUCGGGAGUCAUUGGAACAUUAACUCUUGACGCAUGAAAGAAAUUAAACCGGUUUGGUAAAACUCAUUUGACUGAACUGAUCACGUUAGGCCGUGAUUAAACCACUCGCGACAACUUGGGGCACAUGGACAUUUUAUUUCACAUCUGGGAUCCUUCGACCACAGCUGGGAGAUUAUAAUAAUUAUAAUUAUUUAUAAUUAUUAUAAUUGGCAUCGCACAGUGAGUUUAAGUAGGUACGGAAUCCACUGGGGAGGCGGUGAAACUGCACCUGAGCCAAUGGCCUAUGUGCCAGGCGAUGGAAAAGGUGUGAAAUUAUGAUGUGGGGCACCAUUUCACUUUUUGUUAAAGCGUAGCCUCAAUAUAUUUCAGGGUAUCAGCCAAAAUGAACGUUUGAUGCAGGAAAAUGUUAAACCUGGAGGGGGUCGUCCACCGUAAUUGGGUGAUUGUGGCUGUAUUCAUAUUUUUUUUUAAAUCAGAAGUUGGAUGGAAAUGGGAAAACACAUACUGGGAAUGUUACUGAACACAGCUCAAUUUCUAAUUCUUCUCACUCACCCAAUAUUAAAAUGAAUAUGAACCUAAAGCCCGCGUCAAGGAGGUAGUGUGUGUAUAUCAGACAUGUCGGUGUGAAAUGGAUGAACUAAACCGGUUUAUUGCCUUUUCCAAUCAAAAAGGGUUACUAUUGUGUUUGGAGCUGACAUCUACUGAUAAGGUUGAGCAAGGUAAUGAAUCGGUAAACAAAUCGGUACACAAAGACGUACAGCGAUCGCCCAGUAACCAAACAGGCAAACGGGCACUUGAGCAUGCAGUUUACAAAGCUCUUGAAGUGACCUAAUGUACCAUGUGAAUACAAACGCACUACUUGUUCAUCUUCUGUUGGUCAGCAGACUUGGACUUGCAAAUCCAGAGGUCGCCGGUUCGACCAGGUUGCUGGCACGGCCUGGCGAAACAAUGGCUCGCGUUUCUCUAAUCCCUGCCGUCUCUGUCCGCGCAGCAAAAUAAAUUAAUGCUUACACCGCAUUGCGUUACGGCGGGGUAAAGUGUGGCUAACCGCCCGCAUUAAUUCCAAGAGGUCUGGCCGGCGCGGAAGAGUAGGCCAAAAUGCGCUUCAGAGAUGGAGGAGUGGGGGGGGGGGGGCUCUCUUUGAGCCUCCUCGAGCGGAAGCCGUUCCGCCAGCAGUGACGUUGGCGUGAAAUCGUGGGGGUUCGGUUACAGCUCGACCUUCGAUUCUCUUCGUGCGCUGUAACCCCGCCAUGUUGUCGCGAGGCUUCAGGCGCCGGCUGCCAAAUUCUCGGCUGCGGAGGAGCCGCAUACAGAAGCCGCGGGGGGCGGGGGGGGGGGGCGGGAGGGCGAGCUGCAAACGCCGGCGUCAGGAGCCCCCCCUCCACCUCCCCCCGGUGCGUCUCUUAAAACAAAUCCUCCCGGAGGUGCGCACCAAAGGUGACCCCCCCCCCCCCGCCCCACCGCCUGUACCGUGGACCUUGUGCCCGGUGGCUUCUAUGGCGCAGGUGGGGGCAGGGCAGCAGCAGGGCGGCUCGUGUGGGCGGGUGGUGGCUCGGGGUGGACUUCUUGGAGUCGUUGAGGGCCCCCCACCCACCCCCACACACCCCCCCCCCCCCCGAUUCUCGAGCUCCUCUCCCGGCCUUUCCGAUGACCGAUUGUCCUUAAUUGCGGCCGACCGCCGGAUCCGACGGGUCGCCCGCUUCUUUGUGGAGGCUCGAGAGGGAGCUUUCGCUGGAUUUCCGGAGGUCAAUAUCGGCGCUCGCACGGCAGUGCUAAUAUUUGCUGCGCACGGUUUCAAAACGGGGGGAUUUUAUUGGGCAAAUACGUUCAACGGGCUCCUCUUUUUGGGGCUUGGCCCCAAAAAAUGUUGCUCCGUGCUUUCUUAACAGCCGAGGCGCCCAACGGACAGGGGACGGACCUGGGAUACACGGUGCGGCGCGUUGUGACGUGAAGAUGAAUUGCUGGAGCGUGCUUGCUGGCGGUACGCAACGUAACGUGACCUCGUGCUCGCUCUUUAUUUUUUCCUUUUUUUUUGUUACGCCAAAGACAAAUGUAUCGUGGUUUCGAUCGCAAGUGCAUGACGUGCACUUGUGGAAUUGCGUGAAAAAAAAAACGGGCAAUGGGAAUAUAUAACUGUAAAUGUGGCGAAUGUACGUCCGUCCUGGUGGGCGGUGUGGCGAAUGUUAUAUUUUGAGUGCCUUGAUCAUAUUUGGCAUUUUGUUUACUGUGCUUGGGUCUGUGUAUGAAUUCUGUUUCACUCUCAAGGCUGCCAUAUGUAUCGAUAUAAAUUGUUCUUUAAGGGAUUGAGUGGUUUUUUUUGUUUUCAAUCAUUCGCUGUUAUGAAUGAGGUCAUUCAAUAAAUUAAGCGGAGAAAGCAAA